CUUUUACUCUGCAUGAUGGAGGAGAUAGGUCGCCGAUGCCGCUAACCGGUAGCCUCCUCGGUACUAGAGGUAGUAAAAUCAGUUUUUUCUUCCAUCCAACAUCGUGUCCUCGGCCUCUGUUCCCAUCCGGCACGGAAGUCUGUCGAUGUUGAAAUGAACGUUGCACUUGUAGUUGUAAAACUGUAGCUGCCUCAGCCUCUAAAACAGCCCAGUUUCUUACUACCACUGCAUCCAAACCAAGUCUGUUCGUCUUCAAGAUGGUCGCGGUGGGGCGAGGGCCGGCGGGAGUAGGCGGCAGGCAUCGACGACGGCUGUUCGGCGCAGGAGUGAGUUUAGUUACUACAUGGGGUGCCGUGCUAGUCGACGUGACGAAGGCGAGGAUGGCAGAUCUUCAGACACCACAGGAGCUGAGCGACGGCAUCGACGCCGACGGCCAUCCUGUUCUGGACCAUGAUGUUGACUACGAUUAUAUCAACAUCAACAACGACGAGGAGGAAGAUUUUGAUAUGCCUGGGGAGAACAGUAAGCAGCAACCCCAGGCCCAGCCCGCCCUCCUGCUCAACCAACAAGAGCCCAGCAUGUUGCAGUCACACGGAAGGUUCUACACGAAAAAUAGCCGAUCGUUUCAAACGUUGUCAGCAGUGAGCAGGGUCACAGCUUCACCGAGUCAGCUGCUCGAGCUGGACGACACGCACACGAGGGUCGUUAAAAUGACGUUGUCAACCACCGACCAACACAGCCACGGCCAGCAGAUGAACUCCGGACAUCAUAAAGCUCAAGUACAAGUUGCAAAGAAGAACGCAAUAGAAAUGAAUUAUGCGAAGGCCGGACACGUGUUGGCGGUCGACCAACACCAGGCUCUUAACGGAGGACAACACGCGACGUCCCAGCCCGUUCAGGGCGGUGUGAUCGCAAGUUACGAGGAGCAAAAAGCCAACCCCUGUCACGAGCAGUUGCUCGCCAUGGUGGUCGGUUUCUUCAUUUUCUUCCUCGCGUUCCCCACGCUCUUCGCCAACGAGCAUCGGCAGGCCAAGAUGUGGGAGCUGUUCUCCCGGGCGGAAAACAUCCUUCACAGCAAUUGUUCCGCCGACGACGAUAUCCAUUUACGCGAUCGGCAAUUCGUCCACAUGCAGGGGAACACUACGACCAACGAUGUGUUGAAGGACGAUCUCUUUGGCGUUGAGGUGACGAAUUGCGCGAUGCUGAAGAGGCAAAUUCAGAUGUUGCAGUGGGUGAUUACCGAGCGGACGGUGCAAAACCGCGACACGGGGCGGGACGAAGUGACGGUUCAUGCGAAUCUCGAGUGGAGAAGCGAGCCGGUGUAUUACAUGGAAAGGUCUGUGCGCCCCAGAAAAAAUGAUGCAAAGUUUCCUCCCAUUUCCAAGGGAACGAACAUUUGCCACCUUGCAUGGAUCAGCAUGAUAAUUUUGUAACCAAGAUAGCAAAAAUUUGUGUUGCAAAAAGGCCCAGCACAAGUAAAAGCUGCUUUGCGCACCGACUUAAUCGAAUCGGAAGCAGGGUCACGGUCCGUCUUCGUCCAAGCCUGCAAGACAAAAAGUUCCCAGUCGGAGAGUUCUUAUGCAUCGAAAUUUUUGGCAAUCUUCCGGAUUCGUGGGGGCGCUUUUCAUUGUAAUACGGUGGACAACGCCGGGAAGCGGGGUGCUGCGGAUCAUUUAAACCCGUCGUGGCCCGAGGGCUUGCCUCCUGGGGAAAACGUCGAAUACGCGGCCGUGUUUUUUGGGAAAAGCUACAUUCUCCCGAAGGGUCUCGUGAAGCAGAUGGGAAGAAUGGAAGCAGUCGACUUGGGUGGAAUUGGAAAUAAAAUGGAGGAUAAAGAUAAUGCUCUUUCCCUUCCAACGAACAAGCCUGUAAUUACCGUCGCCGGCAAAACCUUCACUCUGAACCCCUUGCUGCAGGGCCGCAGCUACUACGCAUGCGGCUCGGGCUCCGCCGCCGGUGAUUUCCGUGUCUUUUUCGAGAAAUGUCCCUGCACUGAGGUCACCAUCAUGGCCGUCGCCGACGCCGCCGGAUUCGUCCCUCUUCUCCCAGUAUGAACUGCAAAAGUAUCGUACUCGUAUAAAUGCAUUACAAAUUUACUCAGCAUGAGAAAUGAAAUUUGUAAUGGGGAUUUGCCUUAAGAAAAAGAUUUGUAGUGCAUGAUUGCAAUACGAGUACGAUACUUUUGCACAGGAUACCCAGGGUUCUACACCAGGAAAUCCGAAGUAAACGGGAUCGUCGAAACGGUGGUCGAUCUCGAUUCUCCCGACGGGUGUUGCAGCUCGAAUCCCUACAAGGAUGAAUUUACCGGGCAAGCUAUCCUGAGUAAAAACCUACCCACACCAGAGACAGAGUCAGGAUGGGGAUUUUGCAACACAAACCUAGGAGUUUUGUGAGUCACGCAUGACAAGUUGCACUCUGCAGUGUAGUGCAGGUUAGCAAGUGCAGCCGCAUCACAGAUUCAUCUGCUCAUCCUGUUCACAGCAUCACAAAUUCCAAAACACGACUGGAAAUGGCUCUCAUGCGGAUGCGCAUUAAAAGUCUUCCUGUCUUUGCAAAUCUGCACUAGUGUGGGUACGUUUUUACUCAGGACACAAGCGAAACGCGAGUCCAGGAUCCUGAACCCGGUGCUCUACAAUCCGACCCUGCGUGGCGAUGAAGAAGAAGACGGAGCAGAUGGUACUACUUCUAGGUCGAUUGCCGCCCACCUCGGCUGCUGCAGCAUCCUGUGCUGCUGCUGCAACUGCAUCUUCGCGUGCAUCGCCCAGAAGAGCGCUUACAUCUACGAGCUGAAACAGUCCAAAACCAGCGCCGAGCAAAUGCUGAACAACUUGAAGGACAAGCAGCAGACGAUUGCGCUCUGCCUGCGCUGGGUGGGGCUGAUCAUGUUCUUCGUGGGGGCGCGAAUGAUGCUGAGCGUGUUCCCCUUCCUCAUGAGCUACGUGCCGCUGGUGGGGGGCUGUUUCAAGUGUCUGGCGGACGUCAUCGUGACGAUCGCGGCGAUUUGUAUUGCUGUCAUGCUGUGGAUGCUCACUGUGGCGAUGGCGUGGCUCUGGUAUUAUAUCAGUGCUUUGGUGCGUUAUUUUGUGGCUUUUGUAUUUGUAGUAGUAGCAGUGUUCGCUAAACAUAUACCAAAAAUAAGAUUAGGUCAAGACUCAGUACAACUCUUGCAUCGUGUUCGUGGUCCUCCAGAAUAUGUAAAUACGUAGAGGUACAACUACCACGUCGCCGCAUUUCAGGCAUACAAAUGAUCGCGAACCAGAAGUGUACGAUAUCGAUACAUAGCGGAAAUGUUGUUACUCGCUCUGCGUCGAGGCUUUCGAAACGAAUAUGAUUGUUAGCGCAUCGGCACCCUAAGUAAAUCAAUUCCUAAUGUUCAGGUACCACCCGAUGUACGCGACGGCGAUGUUUUGCAUCGUUGGAACUUUGAUCGCCAUCGCAAUCACCAACCACACGGCGGCAGACGGUGGCGCGGCGGCGGGAAAUAAGGCAUUCUCUUUCUGAGGAAACUUCGUCUGGAGGUUUUGGUUUCUUUGAAGAGGAGGUGGAGGAGGAAGCUAAGUACGUUAUUAUGGAGGUCGGAAGCGAUUUCCAUUUCCUCGAUGAAGGUCGAGAAGACAAAGCUUGCUUUGAAAGCAUUCUUCUAUCUAAGUGAGUGCAAAAAUGUGGAUGUGGAUGUGUACACAGCCGAUUUCUUCUGUCGCUUUUGCAGGAGGGUGUAGAUGGAAUAGUAGGCAGCACUUCCUUGCAGACACUUAUGUAUCGACCGAUGAGCGUUCUUUUGAACUUACACUUGUGUACAUCUCUCUGAGGUGCUGCUAGAUAUUUUUCGACCGACAUAUUUUGCUUUUUCGUUUGUUGUCCCUGCCAAGAUUGUUGCUGCUCGCGAUGGCCCAUGAGAUUGACGUGUAUCAUCAAGACCUGUAUGAAAAAAUGACAUUGGAAGAUGAAAAAACUGCGCCGCAGUAGACAAUUUCAGAGCGUUUGAGGACCUACUUUUACACGCGAUUCUCUACUUGAACAUAAUCGCAAAUUAACC